AUGUUUGCCGUCCCUGGAUGGUCGCUUGAGAGCUCUGCGCUGAAGCAGCAGUCUCAACCUAAUCAAGCCAAGAACGACGCUCAACCCAGCAAUGACAGCGCCACGCCCAAUGGCAAGAACAAGGACAAGAAGCGCAAGCGCGACAAUGUGACCUCGGGAAAUGUGACUGAGAUGUACCGCAAGCAUAUUGAGGGCCAAGCGGACAAGCCAUGGAAGAAAAAGAAGCAGGAGCGCCAAAAUGCAGCAGCAGCAGCAGCAACGACCCCCGCUGCUGCUCCCACUCCUACGACCAGCCAGCCCCAGGCUGCUGAAUCGCCAAACGCCACGGAGGAGGGUAAAGUUACUACAGUGGACGCUGCACAGGAGGAUGGACAGGGCAAGAAGAACAAGAGACAAAGAAAGAACAAGAAGGCCAAGGACAAUGAGAGCUCAAUAGAGAAGGAUCAUGCUGGCGGUGCGGCUCUUGCUACUGACAAGGCUGCCUCUGCAAUGAGCGCUCUGGCGGCUCCGCCAGUGACCACCGCGACUCUGACGCCUCUGCAGCAGGCCAUGCGUCAGAAGUUGAUUUCCUCCCGAUUCCGCCACCUGAAUGAGACCCUUUACACCACAGAUUCGUCAAAAGCUGUCGAGCUGUUCAAUGCGAAUCCUGAGUUGUUCGAUGAGUACCACGCAGGAUUCUCACGUCAAGUCAAGGAAUCGUGGCCGUCCAACCCGGUCGAUGGAUAUAUCCAGGCUGUUCGUCGUCGCGGUGCCGUCGCGGCCCCGAAGCGAGGCAAGCCUCUGCCUAACAAGGCUUUACCCUUGCCCCGCCGGCCCAACGGGACCUGCAACAUAGCCGACCUCGGUUGUGGUGAUGCCGCUAUCGCCCGCAACCUGACUCCUUCUGCCAAGAAGCUCAACCUGAAGCUGAACAGUUACGAUCUUCAGGCUCCUCACCCACUGAUCACCAAGGCCGACAUUUCCAAGCUCCCCGUUGAGGAUGGUUCAAUGGACGUGGCCAUCUUUUGCUUGAGUCUGAUGGGCACCAAUUGGGUUUCCUUUGUCGAGGAGGCGUGGCGCGUUCUACGUAGCGACGGCAAAGGCGAGUGCUGGGUCAGUGAAGUGAAGAGUCGUUUCGGCAAAGUCAACCGCAAAAAGUCCAUGAUCGGCGCCCAGAAGCCGCUCAGCAAGACCCAGCAGAAAAAGCAGAAGAAGGGCAAGAAGGGCGACGAUUCAGAUAUCGACGAGGAGGACAUAUUUGCCGAGGAUGCUCGGCCCGCUGCUGAUGACGACGAGACUGACAUCUCGGCUUUCGUCGAGGUCUUCCGUACUCGUGGGUUUGUUUUGCGCCCAGAGUCGGUCGACAAGUCCAAUAAGAUGUUUGUGAAGAUGGAGUUUGUCAAGCAAGGAGGAGCGCCAAUCAAGGGUAAACAUGCGACUGGAUUGAGUGCCCCGGCCCCCGGCUCAAAGAAGCGCUUUGUCGAUCGCCAGCCGGCGUCUGACAACGGAAUGACCGCGGAGCAGGAGGCACAAGUCCUGAAGCCGUGUGUUUAUAAGAUUCGCUAG